AUGCAAUUCAAGAAGGUCUUCACCUCAGCCUGGUCUGCGCUUCGGAAAAUACCCCAUCACGUCGGUCAUGUAGGGCGCCUUGCUUUGCGAAAAGCACAGCUCCAGAUCCUACCUCAAUUGACAAAAUGGAAGGGACAAAAGGAAGAACCGAAGGUUGUCUUGUACAAACAUCGCGGCAUUGCCAUACUGGGCAUUCUAACUCAGGCUGCGCCUCUCGGCGGCGUCUUGACGCUAUUGAUCUUGAAUGUCAAGACUUUGUUCAUUGGGAGUCUUUCCACGUCGGCGGUGACUGCUUUUCAAUUUGCAGCCAAACUGCUGGAGUUGCUGAUGCAGGCUUCACUAGCUGUUGUCUUGCUCGAUGCGAUGCGCUGGCAAAUCGUUCGGAAUCAAGACCUUCCGCUCGGGGGGCUCGUGGCUCCCUUGCGCACUGCAGACGUGUCAUAUCUCUGGUCUCUGGAACUCUGGGGUUCUUUGACCUCGAAGACCUGGCGAGGCUACCGCAAAGCAUACUUGAGCCUCUUGAUAUUCGGCACAGUCGUCCUCGCUGCCCUAGUUGGCCCCUCGGGGGCAGUCGCCCUUGUUCCUCGUCAAAUCACGCAUUCUACUGCUGAAUACCUCAACAUUUUGAAUCCUCAAGAUAACCUCUUCCCUCUCACUGCCAGCUUUCUAGACACAGGCGCCGCUUUCGAGCAAGGCAUCACGCAGCUUAGCCAGUUCUUCGGCCCUGAGCCAUACCGGCUCCUUGACUCGGAAGGCAUACGACUAUUUGGAACACCCUCUGAUCUAGGUUUGCCCUGGGCUGCAGCGACAGUCCCUUCCCGCCACAUGUCGUAUGUUUUGCGAACACAGAGUGCGAACCUGCAAAAAGACUCGGCUUCUCCGUUCAAUGUCUUGACGAUGAAGACUUCUCAAGCUCUCGUUCAGAGUGCCUGCAACGAGAACGACCUAUACGACUUGAAGCACAACCAAACAUACCUGUCUUUUCCGAGUUCGGAAGCACCACUGGAUAAGCUCGUUACAUGGGGUGAAACUCUUGGAAACGCUACGGUCAACGGCACUAUUCUGUUCUUCACAAAUCUGGCUCCUUCGUCUCCUUCACGGAGUUCCACUCUCAUGGUCUAUGGGACGACAGAACCCGUUGACCGAAGCUACGUGGCAACAGCGUAUGCUUGCAUGAUCGAUGCGACGUGGACCAGUGUGACGCUGAACAUAUCGGCCGCCGACAGCAGCUAUAGUCAGAUCAAUUAUGUGCUCCAGACGCACUACGAUGGUGGCAUUCCGCAGCAUCAGAAGAUCGACCUUCCACAUGCUUGGACUGAUCAGCUUCGAUCCGCCAUUUUUGCCUCUCAUACCGCGCUCGACUUCCUCAAAAGUCAUCUUUACCCAGCACAAAUGAUCGCCUUGGCGCUUGCAAACGGCGACACCGACUAUCUCCAGUACAACGGUCUCGUUCUCAAGCGUGACGAUGGUAGGGAUCCUGAUACACAGGCCCUGUAUACAUAUCUGGACAAAAGACAUGCUUGGAGUCAGUACGCAGGUGUCUCGAUUGACAUUGACCAGAAUGCUGCAUUGUCCAACCCCCCUUCUCUCACGUACCAAGUGGUUUAUCAGUCGCAACACGGCUUCGGUUACAAUGCCGAGGCGAUUACUGUGCAGCUAUCGCUCGCAGUGCUCGGUCUAUUCUGUGUCUUCGUGGCGACGCACAUGUUUCUACUGCUUCUCACCGGCUACACGGGGACCAGCUGGGAUAGUAUCAGUGAACUGCUGAUGCUAGGUUUGAUGAGUCGAAAGCCGCAAUACCUAGGCUCUCAUACUAGCGCGGGUUUGGAUACCCUCAACAUAUUCCGUGAGCCGGUCAGCGUCAAGGUGAAUGACGAGGGAUAUGUGGAACUGGUGUUCGAAAACGACACAGCUGGCAAGUUGGGGAGGAAUGCGCCUGUAGUGGUCAACAAAGCUUAUUGA